AUGGUACCUGGCAGCCGUAGCAUUUCGAUAUGCAAGGCAGUCCUGUCUAGAUGUUCGCCAACGCUCCAUCGCAACAUUCGCGAGCCAUUGCUCUUUCUAUACCCGACGGCACGAGGAUUUGGUUCAAGCGCAGCAGAGGUUCUCCGCAAUGGCCAAUCGACACUCCAUUCCCGAUCGGCGCCUGAAUCACAACAAGCAUGGUCGUCGUCUUCGUCGUCUUUUGAUACCCACACCCUUGAUACCCGCCCGGUGGCGCCGGGCUCGUCCAGUCAGGAGUAUGAAUUGAUUUCAAAAGCGGAGGGAGCACAGCAAUAUUCUCACGCGGCGAGUAAUAAGGACAUUUGCAACAAUGAAGGGCCUCGAGGCGACUUGUCCCCGAACGGCCGUAGAAGCAACCAGAAAAACCCUCACCCUCGGCGUUUGCAAAUACAGCGGGUGGUAAGCGUUAACGACGCCCUUGACAUACGUCGCGUGAAGAUUAAGGAUGAUGGUAUGGCGCCGAAGGCUCGCAAGUUCCGUACUAAAUCGAGCAAAUACCCAACUACUAGCGAGCAACAAGCCGAUACAGGGGCUACCAUAAUACGAAAUAUUGUUCAAGCAUAUCCGCGCCCAAUUAUACAGAAAGAUACGUUUAGAAAAGUGGCAUAUGGACAGAAGGUGCGGAUGAUAUUAUCGACGACAGAACGUGUCGAAAUGAGGUGGUGGUAUCAAGAUGAAGUACGCAGAUUGCAGCACGAAAAUAUGAACGAGGAUAGAGGUUUUCCCCAAAGGGGUCCUCCAGAAGUACUCAAGACCCUUAUUCGUUACACCCCGAAACGAGUUGAGAACACUCUUCUUAGGAUUUCAGUCCCCGACAACGCUGUUGACUCAUUGCUCCUUGGGCCUGGUAACAAUAUAAUGGAUAUCAAGAACCUGACGGGUUGCGACAUCGAACUUCUCGAAGCUGAGGAGGGCAAAUCUACUCGGUCGUUAUUGUUGUCAGGGCCGCCGAUAUGCAUCUCGGCGGCAGCAGCACACAUCUUCCGAAUCGUCCCGGCGGCAGUUUCCAACUCGACAAAUAGAGCUUUUGCGUUUUCCCAGUACAGCACCCGGUCGACAACUACAGACGUAGCUCAGUCUACAGAUGCAAGAGGUUCGGCACAUAUUACAACGCAGUAUUACCUUGCAUCCAGUAAGGUUGACGAUAUACCAAGGAGGGCAGACAGCAUACCUAAGCCUAGAAGACUGACGGAAAAGUCCCUCGAAUUAUACAUACGAUCAUUAACGGGAAUCAAAAUGACAAGUCCGCUUCAUAAGAUGCUAUACAGGAAAAACGAAGACCAUGUAGAAAUCGUCGCCGAACGGUUGCUAGAGGUAUUUGCCUAUGACGAGUGUAUGGAUGUGAUGACCAUCACUGGUUUGAACGAGGCAGUGUCAUUUCUUGCGAAGUAUGGUAGGGUCGCUGCAACCCGGGAGAUAUUCGACAAGGCGCGUAGGGCCGGAUUUCCACUGACACCCGAAACCUACAACAUCCUUCUACGAGGCUGUGCGAAGACCCAAAAUAUCAAUACUUUCGCCGCUUUAUUGGGGGUAAUGAUACAUAGUGGCUAUCGCCCCAAUUCUGGAACUUGGAGGGCAUUUAUGAUGGUAUUGCGAAAUCCUAAAGCCAUUUUGCAUGUCUACGAAGCGAUGCAAGACCGAGGGCUUUUCCAUGAGGAAGGGCUCUUGAGCGACGUCUGCGAGCUCUUGCUACCCCACGAAAUGACUUUUUGUCUGAACAAAAAUCAGCUCGUUGCCCCUUUCAUCGAAAACAUGACAUCUCGUUAUGGAGAUGGAUGGCUCUCGGUGUCCGGGGCUAACAAGGUUUUGGAGGAACUGGGCAAGCGUGGUCUCCUCUCGGAGUGUUGGUCUCUCGUCGACUACAUGGUCGAGCAGAAUAUCGUGCCUAAUGCUGUGUCUAUCAACACCAUCUUCACUCACUCUACGGAUGCGAGGGACUUUCGAAACAAUAUCAGGGCUUUAGAUCGCGUCUCUGAGCAGGCCAGGUUUCGACCCGACGGAACUACGUACGAGAUUCUUUUCAAAUUCGCCUGGCGCUGGCGCCUUUACAGUACUGCACGUGUUAUUUGGCAACGUGCCUGCCUAGAUGCAUGCGCUAGGUUCGAGAUGCGAAAACGAGUUUCUACUAGCCUUCAAUCUGCAUUCAUGUUCCAAAGCACAACCCUUCCGUCUCUUCCUGGCCCAUCCGCUCCGCCUGACAGCGUGUGGGAUCUGACCGCUGGGGUUUUCGUCGUUAGGGAAAUCUGCCCACCAGCUCCCAAAGAUGAGAGUCAAACCCCUGACGAAUCGUCUCUAAGUCAAUGGAAAGCCUUUCACCACGCAGUUGAAACUGUCAAGUCAGAACUGUUGAUUUUUAAGGAGUGGCGGGCUGCUGGGUCCCUCACGAAAUUACUGGUUGCCUCGGUCAAGGCAGAUGAAACUGUUUCCAAGCUAAUGGACGACGAUUUCGAGAAGGGCAUGGAGCAUUUGUUGAAAUAUGCACCGGUUGUUAGAAUAAAACGAAGGUUCUGGCGUGACGAAGAAUAG